AUGAGGCGGGCGCUCGCAGUGCUGCUCGCGCUGCUCGCGCCCGCGGCGCUCGGGCUGCUCGUGCCGGCUGGCGCGCCGCCGUCGGAGGCCUUCGCCCCGGGCAGCGAGAGCUUCGUCCUCGACAGCGCGCUGCUGCAGGUGAACGCCGAGGCUCACUCCGAAGGGGAAGCGAUCUCGAACCAGUCGAUCCACGUGAAGGCUCAUCACCGUCGUGAAGGUCGGGAAGGCCGUCGGGAGCGCACCUCCAACGAGGCAGAGAUGCUCUUGCAGCAGGACGCGGCCCUGGAGGAGUCGGAGGCCUCGCUGGGCGGCGGCACGCCCGGCACACCCCGGAGUACUCCCCGCAGGGCGGCGGCCGCCGCGAGGGGCCCGAGAACGCCGCGGCCGCCUACUCCUUUGGCGGGCUCAACGUGGGCGUCACGGGCAGCGCCUCCGCCGACACCGUCGGCGAAGACGUGA